AUGAAAUCGUAUUGUUGUGAGUCAUGCGAGUGUCCGGAGUGUGAGCGUCUGGAGUGUGAGUGUCCGGAGUGUGAGCGUCCGGAGUGUGAUCAUCUGGAGUGUGAGUGUCCAGAGUGUGAUCGUUGGGAGUGUGAGCAUCUGGAGUGUGAUCAUCUGGAGUGUGAGCGUCCGGAGUGUGAUCAUCUGGAGUGUGAUCAUCUGGAGUGUGAGUGUCCGGAGUGUGAUCAUCUGGAGUGUGAUCAUCUGGUGUGUGAGUGUCCGGAGUGUGAUCGUUGGGAGUGCGAGCAUCCGGAGUACGAGUGUCCGAAGUGUGAGCGUCCGGAGAGUGAGCGUCCGGAGUGUGAGUGUCUGGAGUGUGAUCAUCUGGAGUGUGAGCAUCUGGAGUGUGAUCAUCUGGAGUGUGAGCAUCUGGAGUGUGAUCAUCUGGAGUGUGAGUGUCCGGAGUGUGAGCGUCCGGAGUGUGAUCGUUGGGAGUGUGAGUGUCUGGAGUGUGAGUGUCCGGAGUGUGAUCUUCCAGAGUGA